UAAUAUAAUUGGAAAAAUGAUUAAAUAUAGACAGGUAGGUAGUAGGUUGUGCAAGAUAAGGCAGUAUGAAAAAAGUGUACUUAUUGUGUGUGUGUGUCUCUCCAUCAGCAAGUCUAAAGUAGCGCAUGCGCAUCGUCGCGGUUGUGACACGCACCCUCCCACUCUGGAGCCCCGCCCAUGUACGUCAGCACCUGUCCACCGCGCAUGCGUAACCGCUCCACCGUCUACCGUACCUCACACCGGAGUCACAACAACCGCCCGCCGUUAGCUCGGUGACCGUCUGGGGCCCGGGACCGGAGCCGGUGUCUGUGGGAGUCCGGGGGAUAGAGCUGGAAGAGCGGACACAUUUCAGAGCAUCUUGGGGGGGGGGACAGCGUUAGAGAGUCGCCUCGCCACAGCCGGUGUGUCGGUGUUAGCGGCGGAGCGGUGAGCACAGAGCAGCCGUUGAUCCGCAGCAAUCAGCCGGUAACCGUCAGACAGCGGCCGUUGAUCGGACCGACCGUUGGUGACCUGUCAGCCCCCCCCCUACCCCCCCCACCCCCCCCUCCCCCCGGACCCUCCGCCGAUGGAGGCUAGCCGCUGACCUUAGCAGCGGCUACAUGCUAACAGGCUAACCACAGCUAACUGUCAUCCCGGUCCUGGUGGUCCGGUACCGGCCACCCACCAUGCUCUCAUCCCGGUGAGCCGAGCUACACCCACCAGUUAGCCGCUAGCCGCGGAGCUAGCCCUUAGCCGAUCUCCGCGUAGCGGCCGAGGAUGGUCGCAUUGACGGCAGCUGUUCCGGAGGAUCGUCCUGGAUGUUCUGAGGCUGCCCGCUUCACCCGCCCUACCGGACCCGGACAGCCCCUCACGGCGUUCAUGUAAACCGCUGACCCGAGCCAGUGAGUCCGGCUGCUUCUUCUCCGACAGCGGAGACCCCGCCGCGGCCAUGCAGGCGGCCCAGCAGCAGUACGACUUCUUCAGCGAGGAUAACGCUCCGAAAUGGAGAGGCCUGCUGGUGCCCUCCCUGGAAAAGGUACUGAACCAGGUGCAUCCCAACCUGGUGUCCCAGCAGGAGGCGCUGCAGUACAUCGAGGAGCUGAUCCUCCUCCUGCUCAGUCUGCUGUGUCAGGCCCAGCCCCGCAGCGUGCAGGACGUGGAGGAGCGAGUUCAGAAGAGUUUCCCUCACCCGAUCGAUAAGUGGGCGAUCGCCGACGCUCAGGCCGCCAUCGAGAAGAGAAAGAGGAGGAACCCUCUGGCUCUGCCCGUCGAUAAGAUCCACCCUCUGCUGAAGGAGGUGCUGGGCUACAAGGUCGACCACCAGGUGUCGGUGUACAUGGUGGCCGUGUUGGAGUACAUCUCCGCCGACAUCCUCAAACUGGCAGGAAACUACGUGAGGAACAUCCGACACUAUGAGAUUUCCCAGCAGGACAUCACCGUGGCCAUGUGUGCCGACAAGGUGUUGAUGGACAUGUUCCACCAGGACGAGGAGGACAUCAGCGGGUUCCCCCUGAUGGACGAGGAGCCGUCAGCCAGCGAGGAGCAGAGUUACUAUGAGCUGGUGAGGAGCUUCAUGGCGGACGGCCGGCAGUACCUGAGGCAACUCAACCUGCUCAUCAAGGUGUUCAGAGAACCCUUCACCUCCAGCCACAUGCUCUUCUCCCAGCACGACGUGGACAGCAUCUUCAGUCGGAUCGUGGAUAUCCACGAGGUGACCGUGAAGCUGAUGGGUCUGAUUGAGGACACGGUGGAGAUGACUGAUGAAGGAAGUCCUCAUCCUCUGGUGGGGAGCUGUUUUGAGGACUUGGCUGAGGAGUUGGCCUUUGACCCCUAUGAGACGUAUGCUCAGGACAUCCUACGCUCUGGGUUCCACGAACAUUUCCUCAGCCAGGUGUCCAAACCCGGAGCUUCCUUUCACCUCCAGUCCAUCUGUGAAGGCUUUAAAGAAGCUGUCCAGUACGUUCUCCCCAGACUGCUGCUCACUCCUGUUUACCACUGUCUCCACCUCUUCGAGAUCCUCAAGCAACUGGAAGAGAAGAGCGAGGAUGAGGAGGAUAAAGAGUGUUUGAAACAAGCCAUCACAGCUUUGCUGAACCUGCAGAGCAGCAUGGAGAGGAUCUGCUCCAGGAGUCUGGCCAAGCGGAGGCUCAGCGAGUCAGCGUGUCGUUUCUACAGCCAUCAGAUGAAGGGGAAACAUCUGGCCAUCAAGAAGAUGAAUGAGAUCCAAAAGAACAUCGACGGUUGGGAGGGGAAGGACAUUGGUCAGUGCUGCAACGAGUUCAUCAUGGAGGGCACGCUGACCCGCGUCGGCGCCAAACACGAGCGCCACAUCUUCCUCUUCGACGGCCUGAUGAUCUGCUGUAAGUCCAACCACGGCCCGCCGCGGCUGCCCGGCGCCGGGUCCACGGCAGAAUACCGACUCAAAGAAAAGUUCUUCAUGCGUAAAGUCCAGAUCAACGACAAGGACGACAAGGAGGGCGAGUACCGGCACGCCUUCGAGAUCAUCCUGAAGGACGGCAACAGCGUCGUGUUCGCCGCAAAGUCCGCAGAGGAGAAGAACGGAUGGAUGGCGGCGCUGAUCUCGCUGCAGUACCGCAGCACGCUGGAGCGCAUGCUUGACUCCGCCAUGCUGCAGGAGGAGAAGGAGGAGCAGAUGAGGCUGCCGGGGGCUGAGGAGUACCGCUUCGCAGAGCCCGACUCCGAGGAGAACGUGGUGUUUGAGGAGAACGUCCAGUCAAAGUCCGGGAUCCCCAUCAUCAAGGCGGGGACGGUCCUGAAACUCAUAGAGAGACUCACCUUCCACAUGUAUGCAGAUCCAAACUUCGUCAGGACAUUUCUCACCACCUACAGAUCGUUCUGUAAACCUCAGGAGCUGCUGGACCUGCUCAUAGAGAGGUUUGACAUCCCGGAGCCGAGGCCGACCGACUCGGAUCAGAUGGAGGGAGGAGAGCAGCUGCUCAGCGCUGAACUCAAACGCUUCCGCAAAGAGUUUGUUCAACCGGUUCAGCUCAGGGUGCUGAACGUCUGUCGUCACUGGGUGGAGCAUCACUUCUACGACUUUGAGAGAGACGAACACCUGCUGAGCCGACUCCAGGAGUUCAUCACCUCAGUCAGAGGUAAGGCGAUGAGAAAGUGGGUGGAGUCCAUCACUAAGAUCAUCCAGAGGAAGAUGCAGGUUCAGGUGAGUGUUCCCAGUCACAGCAUCACCUUCCAGAACUCGCCUCCCCCCAUCGAGUGGCACAUCUGUAAGCCAGGAAACACGGAGCCCUUUGACCUCAUGACCCUGCACCCCAUCGAGAUCGCCCGUCAGCUCACGCUGCUCGAGUCCGACUUCUACAGGGCGGUGCAGCCGUCCGAGCUGGUCGGCAGCGUUUGGACCAAAGAGGACAAAGAGAUUCACUCCCCCAACCUCCUGAGAAUGAUCCGACACACCACCAACCUCACGCUGUGGUUCGAGAAGUGCAUCGUAGAGACCGAGAACCUCGAGGAACGAGUUGCUGUUGUUUCUCGGAUCAUUGAGAUCCUGCAGGUUUUUCAGGAGCUCAACAACUUUAACGGAGUUCUGGAGGUCGUCAGCGCCAUGAACUCGUCCCCCGUGUACAGACUGGACCACACCUUCGAGCAAAUUCCGAGUCGACAGAGAAAGAUCCUGGAGGAGGCUCAUGAGCUCAGCGAAGACCACUACAAGAAGUAUCUGGCCAAACUGCGCUCCAUCAACCCCCCCUGUGUUCCCUUCUUUGGCAUUUACCUGACCAACAUCCUGAAGACGGAGGAAGGAAACCCCGACUUCCUGCGCAGACACGGCAAAGACCUGAUCAACUUCAGCAAACGGCGGAAAGUGGCCGAGAUCACUGGAGAGAUCCAACAGUACCAGAACCAGCCGUACUGCCUGAGGGUGGAGAACGACAUCCGGAAGUUCUUCGAGAACCUCAAUCCCAUGGAGGACCUGUCAGAGAAGGACUUUGCUGAUCAUCUCUUCAACAAAUCUCUGGAGAUUGAACCUCGCAACGCUCGGUCAUUACCUCGGUUUGUGAAGAAGUACACCUGUCCUCUGAAGUCUCCGGGGAUCCGUCCCACCUCGGCGAGGCCCGGCACCAUGCGACAUCCGACGCCGCUGCAGAAUGAGCCCAGGAAAAUCAGCUAUAGCCGCAUCCCCGACAGCGAGGCCGAAGGGGGGGCAGUCUCCGCCCCCAAUUCCCCCCGCACCCCUCUGACUCCGCCCCCUGCCUCCGCUGCCUCCAGCUCCACAGACGUCGGCAGCGUGUUCGACUCGCCGCAGGGUCCCAGCAGCCCCUUCCACUCCACCUGCGACAGUAUCUUUGCUGUGGUCUCUCUGCCUCACGGCCCACGGUCGUCGUCCGUCUCCUCCAUGGUGAGUUUCACCCGGGGGCCGGAGGACGUGGUGGUCCCGCCCCCGGUUCCCCCCCGCAGGCGACCAGAGUCGGCUCCAGCCGAGUCGUCCCCGUCCAAGAUGAUGUCAAAGUUGGACAGCCCCCCCGCCGUCCCCCCUCGUCAGCCCACCUGUAAGCUCCUCCCACCUCGUUACUCCUCGUCGUUGUCGUCGUCGUCUCCCCCGGACAGCCCCCCCUCUCUGCCUCCGCGGGAGCCCCUCAACUCCCCACUGCACCUCCUGCCCCCUCCUCAGGGUCGCCCUCGCUGCGACCUGCUGCCUCAGGCCUUCUUCCCCCCCGCCUCCCCCGCCUCCCCCUCCAUGUGCUCCACCCCCACUGCCUUGUCCGCCUCGCCGCCCCUCCCUCUCCCCACCCCCGUCACCACCACACCCACCUCCAGGAAGAUGCCCCUCCCCUCCCCACCGCUGCCCCUCCUCCCCUUGGACGGACCCCCGGUGCCCCCGCGUCACAGCGUCCCCAAAUUGCCCCCCAAGACCUAUAAGAGGGAGUCCAUGGGCCAUGCCCUUGCUGGACACGCCUCCCGCACUUUGAUUGGACAGCGUGCGGCGGAGGCGGAGCUAACACUACAGCUGGUCGGACCGGAACCAACCACAGACUGGAUCCUGGGCGGUUCUGAUCGGAUCUGAACUGAGAAACAAAAACAAAUCAUGUGCUCUUAUUCUAAAAGAACGUUCAUCCGUGGUCGAUUUUUUUCUUUUUCUGGUGUUGAGCAGGGACUUGUGGGUAAUGUAGUUCCCCGCAGACUGAAGCGUGUCAGGAACCCUCAGGUACUGGUCCAGAACCAGAGGUACUGUAGAGGUUCUGGUUUGACCUGAUCUUAUUUGUCUCUGAUUGUUAAUGAAGAUGUAAACAAAUGUGAUGAUCGCCUUCUUUACAAAACAAGGGAAUAAACAUGUUGUUGCCAUGGAGAUGGAAGGACAACAGAAACCACG